AUGUCAGUAACUGAUAAUGAUAAAAAUGAUACGAUGCUAUUUGAUACACGACAUCAAAGUAUUGAUUUUGAAUCAUUAAAUCGAUUACCAACCGAAGUUGUCGAAAUAGUAAUAUAUUUACUAUGCCUUUGUAUUGGUGGGCCAUUGAAUUUAAUUUGCAUUGGACGUUCGUUGCGUUUGUUUAUAAAUGGCCAAAAGCAACGAAAUCAAAUAUUUUUCCUUAGGCUACAUUUAAAUAUUGCUGAUUUAUUAACAAUUUUCAUUUAUACACCAUCGCAAAUUAUUUGGAUGACAACAUUUCAAUGGUAUGGCGGAGAUAUUUUAUGUCGUAUAUGUAAAUUUUUUCAUACAUUUAAUUUUUAUUUAAAUUCAUUUGUUAUUGUGGUAAUAGCAAUUGAUCGAGCGCAAGGCGCAUAUCGAAUAAACAAUGUGGGAGCAUCAAAAUUUGCAUUUCGUUGGGUAAAAUUUAUGCUUAUAACAUCGUACAUAGCUGCGAUUAUUUUUUCGGUACCACAAAUAUUCAUAUUUCGCGUUUAUCAACCAAAUGAAAAUAUCGAAUUUCGCCAAUGUACACCAAUAUGGACAAUUUAUGCUUACAAAUAUGACAUUCAAAUGCAAUUAGCUGAAACAGAUCAAGAAAAGCAUCAAUUAACAACUAAUUUCUAUCAGGUUCUUCGAUUAGAAAAAAUGUAUAACAUAACACAUUUAUUGCUUGUUUUUUGGAUUCCAACAACAAUUAUUGCAUUUUCAUAUAUGUUUGUCAUUUGCAAAUUUAAUUCGAUGAAACGACGAAAUUGGCAUACUGAUCGUCCUUCAUACAUUACUUAUAUUAUUUCACGUAUAUCACGGAAUAAACAAUAUGGCAAUUUAAAUGCUAGCUCAAGAAUAGCAAUGACAGCAGUUACGUCAACGUCAACGUCAACUAAUGCGCAUACAAUUUCAAUGGAAAAUAAUUCACCGAUUGUUACGUUAGAUUCUUCUACUACUAUUGGUCCAUUAGUCUUACAAACAUUAUGUAAAGCUUCAAAGAUAGCUAAACGUCAAGCAGCAUUGACACUUAUUGCAUAUUUAAUUUUAUGGUCACCGUACAAUAUGCUAGCAAUGAUGAAUACAUUAACAAUGCCAACAGAAAAUGACGGAGUUUUCAUGGAUACAUUAAAUUUUUUAAAUGCGCUAAUUGUUUUUAAUCCGUAA